AUGAAGGAGAGUUCAGAAGAAGAAUGGUCGGUGAUUGACUUGAAGGACGAGCAAUCAUUUAUGAACAAAGAGAACAUAAAUUCAAAGAUCAAAUCAAAGAAUAUUAAAGGAGCAUCCUCUGUUUUUGGCUUCGUUUCUGCUUACAAACCUGGAAAACAGAACAGAGAAGAGCAUAUUCGAAUCCCCUUCUUUGGGUAUGGAUUCAAGGAACGAACCAAUGAGUCCAAAGGGCAAACAGAGCUCGAUUCUUAUGGAGGAAAGUGGACCCCCGGAAACCAUGAAGGAAGCUCUGGUGCAGAAAAGCUGAAGAGGAAGCCAUUCAAAAGUCUGUUUCAGAAGGAACAGAGAGAUGGCCCUGAAGCAACAAAAAAGCAUCAAUGGGGUUUUGAUGGGUUCAAAAAAUGGAAGAAAAGUGAAUCAGAAGAUGAAGCACCUUCAUCUCAAGGUACCAUAAGAACCCUUGGGGAAGGACCAGACACCAAGCUAAUUAAGAAGAAAUUGCAUUCUGAUGGCGCCCCAUCUGAUUUUUUCAUUGAUAAGGUUUUGGGGGAGAGGAUAAAGAAAGAACUGUCAAGAAUCCAGACAGAACUGAGUACUACAAACCCAAGUCUUCAAUUUUCGAAUGAUCAAAUGGAAGAGAUUUCAACAAAACUUCCUGUGGAUAAGGCCGAGUUGAAAAACUACUUUCCAAAGUCUUGGUGUGAAAAAUACGGAGAUGUAGUGUUGGAAGUGGUGAAGAAAGAAUUCAAAGAGCAUGUUGGAGAAAUGGAAAACAUGCGAAGCAAUGCCAAAGAAAAGCACAGCACCAACACAAAGCGCUGGACAACCUUUGAUGAAGAUGGCGAAAACUUACACCCAAACCUUUUUGCUCAUCAUCAAGAUAAUAAUAAUAAUAACUCAUUCCGCAGCAGCAACAUCAAUCCAUUUUCUCAUGGGAAGUGGAACUGAAUGAUUGAGCAUGAAUAAACUUCCUCUGUGACCAUACCAUAUCUUCAUGGUUAGGCACACCAAGAGGACUUGUAACUAUCUAUAUUAUGUAGCUGGUCAAAAAAAAAAAAAAAACUACUUAUAUUAUGUAUCUAUAUUCUAUUGUAGAAACCAAAGAAGAACUUUGUUUCUUCCAAGUAAAGGAAUCCAAAUUCCUCUUGUCCUAUGGACGCAUUUAUUU